AUAAUUCUGUCACAAGAUGGCAUGGAAUACAUUGCGUCGUGUCGUGCAAAAUUCAUGGCGGGAUGAGCGUGCUCUAUCAGAUACGUAAAAUAGAUGGUAUGUAUAAAUGCAUAUAUAUAGUACGAUAGUCGUACUGCGUAUCGAGUAGUCGUUGCUGUCGACCGUCGCUACCACCACUCGACACGCUGGCGCCUGCGUACAUCUUGUUUACAAGCAGCAGCAGCGCGAAGCCUCGGUGUACACAUGACCUUUACAAGAUGGAUACGAGUGAGCAUACCGUCUUUUCUCAGGCGUGUCGUUGACGAGUGCCGAGCAAACACGAGCUUCCGUGUCGCGAAAAACGAUUGACAACGAGGACGAUAUCAAUUUCGUGCCUAUCUUUUUCAUAUAUUGUAUCUUCAUAGCUACGUCGACGAAUAUUGUUGCAGUGUCACGUUCGUAUGGUUCUUCGGUGAUACGACAUUAGCGUGGGUUACAAUUGUUUUGAGUGACGUGAUAUUUGUGUUCUCAUCGUGCGAGAUUGCGCGGAGUGUGAGGGAAAGGUACAAAGUAGUGGGGAGAAGAAGAGAGAGAAAGAGAGGAAGAGGAAUAAGAGGAAAAACAGAUUCUUACCUCGUUGAGGCAGUAGGGUAAAGGGUGAGGGAGAAAAGAGGGAGGUAUGUGUAUCUGCUGCGUAUAUUCAUCACGACGCCUUUACGUUGUUUCUUUUUCGCGAUCGAACGUGGCCCCCCCCGUGACCGCGACAUAACGUUUUUUUCGUUGUUGAUCGCAUGGUAUGAUUUGUGAUCUUUGAAAAAAAGAAACAGCAUAAAUAAGAGAGACAAGAACGUGAAUAUAAAAGAGAAGACCACUUCGAGCACGACACGAGGACAAGGAUAGAAGCAACGACAGUAGUGGCGGCGGUUUUGUUUUGACGUCGAUCGUACGGUAUUGCGCGUGAAAGAAUAUCGGCGCUGCCCUUGGCAGUAGCCUAUUUGUUCGCACAAGAGCGAGCUGCAUUUGUAACACGCCAGCCAGUCAGGCAGUCGGGCAACGAUAAGAGGGGUUCAACCACCCACUUGCGUGUGUCGUCGCGUCAUCUCUCCCUCUCUCGUUCAUUUUCCUCUACUCUUUCUUUCUCUUUCUCGCUCUUUUUCUUUUUCCCUUUCUCUCUUUCUUUCUCUCUCUCUCUCUUUCUCUCUUUUUCUUUCUCUCUCACGCGCGUGUGGAACGUAGCUCUUCUCUCUUCCUAUCCGUCUCUUUUCCGUAUACGCCGCGGUAAACUCUGCGCGCAUGUGUAUGCGUUUGUUGCGUCGAUGCAACACCGAGUCUUCGUUCCGUUUCUCUCUCUGUUUCUUUCUCUUUUACAUCUUCGUAUAUAGGCGCGCUCGUUCACUCACUCGCAAGAGAGAGAGAGAGAGGUAAAGAGAGAGGGAUGGCGCGCGAUUAAAGGCUCACGCAGUAAAUCGUGCGUUCGCGCGAUAAACAGGUGUAGAAUUCCUAUGGUAAGAAGCUACUUUGCGGUUGCGCUUUACUAAUAGAGACAGCAAGGAGGAAAACGGAAAAAGUAAAGAAAGAAGAAAAAAGUAAGGAAGAAAGAAAGAAAGAAAGGACGACGGCCUUUCGUAGGCGGCGCGUGAAUACCUCGUAGUGUCGUCGACCCGUAACCUCCUGCGUUCCAAGAUAGCAUGCUGAUUCCUUGGAAUUUUUCGAUUAAAACUUCAUACGUCGUCUGACAGGUGAACUUUAGUGACAUCGAGGACGAAAGAACGAAAAAGAGAGACACGGUCGUUGAUUCGUGGCUUAACGCAUAUAAAGACGUAUGUUGAAAGGCAUCAUAUCCUAACCUCUUUCUUGCAUGAGUAAAAGAGAGGGUAAGUAGUAGAAGACGACGAACGAAGUGUUAUCUUCUUCCGUAGUGUCGAGCAGAGUCGUGUCGAUCGUAAACUAAGUUUGCGGAAGGCGCUGGAAGGAAUGGUGGGAUUACAAGGGGAGGGGGAUCUUUGGAUGGAACGCCCUUAGCGCGCGUUGCGAGUGCACAUGCACCGCGCUGCCGUGCGGCGUGCAUUCGCUUAUUUACCAUUGACACGUGCUUACUACUAUACAUCGAUGAUGCUUUGCGUGGACUUCUUCCUAAACAUUUGAUUGCGUUCUUUCGAAGAAGUCAGAAAAUAUCGGUGUACGUGUAUAUGUGUACAUAUGGGUGACUGUAUAAAAUCAGUGUAGAAAUCAUACCAAGAGAAAAGUGUGUGAAGUUGUAACGAAGAAGGUGAAAGGUGGAGGGGAGGUUAUACGAAGAGAAAGAAAGAGAGAGAGAGUGAGAGGGGGAGAGAGAGAGAGGGAAAUCGAGAAAAGAAAUCACGCGCGACACGAGCUCAAUCGACGCGCGAUAAUAUCGACAGUGCGCGUCAUGCUCAAGAGAACGGUUUGGCCGAUCCUCCUACUUUUAAUCGUUACGCUUAGAUCGCUAAACGACGAUUCAAGAAGCGAAAAAAACACAAAAAGAAACAACGAGGACGUCGUUUUCUUAAUAGACAACUUAGUGAUCAUUGACGUAGAAGAAUUGAAGACGGAGAGCGUUUCCACCUGACGCCUGUGCUAGGGUGGGAACACUUGCUCUCUCUCUCUCUCUCGCUUGCUCUCGAUAAUUUUGCCUUGAUCCUUAACAGUAGAGUGCAUCGCCGAGCGCAUUGCCGAGCGUACGAUGGACUUCCGCGCGAGUUCCGAGUAUUGAAGCGCGCGGUACGUUCGAGCCACGUUCGUUCGAAAGUAAAAUGUAAGAGGGAGAAAGAAAGAGAGAGAGGGAGAGAGAGAGAAAGAGGGAAAAAGAGAAAGAGUGAGAGAACGAUAUUUACGCGCGACAGGGGAACCCGUCGCCGACUUCUUGGUUUCUCACAAGGACGGCUUUUCUGAUCGUGAUCGAGGCAAUGUCUUCGGGCAACAGAGGUUUGGUCUCCCCCUCAGGUGGGCCAAUUGUAUGCUGCGGACAUUUGAAAAAACUGAAAACCUUGAAGAAAAAGUAUUUUGUCUUAAGGGGUGAGGCACCGGGAUAUCCCGCUUGUUUGGAAUAUUAUGACAGCAAGAAGAAGUUCGAAAGCAAGCAAUCGCCUAAACGCAGCAUCCUGCUGCACAGCUGCUUCAAUAUCAACAAGCGUGUCGACACGAAGCACAAGCACGUCAUAGCUUUGUAUACGAAGGACGAAUGCUUUUGUUUGAUUCUCGACAACGAAAAAGAACUGAAUGAGUGGUUGAAAGCAAUGCUGCUCCUCCAGAGCGGCGAUGUACCCGACGGAGAGCAGCCUCGCCCUACGUUCGAACAUGUGUGGCAAGUUACUAUGCAAAAGAAAGGACUUGGAGAACGAAAGAAUAUCAAUGGACCGUACAGGUUAUGUCUCACAGAUCGCACGCUAAGUCUAGUAAAAAUUGGAACUCAAGGCAACUCCGAUUCUAUUGAAUUCUCUUUAAUCUGCAUCAGGCGGUGUGGUUAUAUGGAACGCAUUUUUUAUAUGGAAGUUGGUAGAUCUGCAGUAACUGGAGGUGGUGAAUUUUGGAUGGAAGCUGAAGAUAAUAACAUUGCGCACAACAUGCACGCUGCAAUAUUAAAUGCAAUGAGUAAUUCCAAUACCUGUAAAGAUGAGGUUGGGCCUCGACAAAGGAUGCGUAGUUCCUCGGCAAAUGAAGCUAGUAAACCCAUCUCUGUGCUUCAACGACGGCACACAGGGCAAAAACUUCAUAGCUUCUCGCCUCUAGAGGAACAAAGGACGUGCAAGGAACAGGUGGAUCCGUUGCAGGAACAGACCACUACUGCCUCUGCCCCCGCACAGUGUAGUCAAUCUCAGAGUUCUUCUUCCAAUACAUUCACGGCCGUUGCCGGUACCGGGGCUGGGACUGCUGGGAUUGCCUCGAUUAAUGUCAACUGUGCCACUGCUACUAGACGUCGUCAUUCGGUAGCAAGUCAUCCCCAUUCCGUCAAUAAUUCCCAAUCCGCUCAUGUCACAACAAGUACAACUACUACAACGACAACCAUCACCAUCACAACGACCGCCACCGCAACCACUACAACCACAACCGCAAUAAUAUCCCAUCAGAGAACCUUGUCGCUGCCCUUAGCUGCUGUUAUUAUCAAUCAAACGCAAUCAUCCAAAAGAUCUGUUUUACGCUGUACUACCGGACGUGACAGAUGCGACAGUUUGCCAUCAAGAGCUCGGACAACAAGCGAAUGUCAUCCAGGCACGGUUGUCUUGAGUCAUCCUAGAAGUUCUCAUUUCAUAUCUCACGUACCCAGACCUCACUCUAUGUAUGGACGAGGUCUAUCUUAUUCUCCACCAGUUUCUUCGAUGCCGAUCAGCCCAGCCUCGGGAGCAUGCUCGACCGACUCAGCUGGGUCUUCUCUUUCUAUGGAGGAUGGUGGUGAAAAUAUUUUAGAAGAAGGUACCGGUUCGAGAUAUGGUCAUUCUUUGACUCCUGACGAGCCGGUUAUUCUAGAAGAGAAUGGUGACGAUUAUGCUCCAUGGUCUACGACGCAUUCACACCAUAAAUACUCGCCAAACUUUAAAUCCCAUUCUCCAUCACAGCAGAGUUCCUAUGUAGAAAUGUAUAGUCCUUGUGGUUCGAGUCCUGGACGCAGUGCAGCUUACAUGCCCAUGAGUCCAGCGACGACAGCUCAUUCCCAUUCUCGUGCAUCGUCUCUCGUGGAGGAGACGAAUGUUUUACCUGAUGGUUAUGUUCCAAUGGCCCGUGUUGGCGAUGAUGGUUAUGUAGAUAUGGAUCCAUCGACCAGUCAUAAUGGUCAUUUUCCAGAUGACAUGUCACAACACGGUGGUAGUAGUUGCUCCGUAACUUCCGGCACACCUAGCACAGAUUUACGUUUCUCUGAGUAUCACUUAGAUAAAGUAACCAGCUUCCUUGCACCAGGGGAAGAUCUGCAAGCUAGACCAACUAGAGCAUAUUCAGUUGGAUCUAGACCAGAACCAACUAAUAAGCAUCGUAAAAAUAGGUUAGAUAUUACUCAGCAGGAAGCAAGUAGAGUGAGAGCAUUCUCUGUAGGCAGUCGUUCAAAGAGACCCGAACUUGGCAGACUAGCUAAUGUAGUUACAACUCCCUUGCCAUCUAGUUCGGAUAAUUCCAAUUCAAAUAAAUCAAGCUCCGCACCCUUAUUAUCCAGUUCUUGGGGUCAUAAUUCUGGUUGUUCUGGUGCCUCCGAGCGAAUGGAAGAUCUUAUGGAAUUAGACUUUACGAGACAAAGCGUUCCAGUAACUCUUUCUUCUCCCCCUUCUUAUUCACAGUCACAAUCACAGUCAUAUUCUACUGCCACCACCGACACUAGUUCCUACGUCGAUAUGUCUCCUGGACAACCGCCUACAUCGACCACUGCCUCGUACGUCGACAUGAGCGGCUUAAAUAAGAUCAAUCGUAAUAAUAACAAUAAUUCUAUCACUGCCAAUCAGAACCAUAGUCAUAUUCAUGUAUCAACUUCGGCUUCUACACACAAACCCGUCAUUACGACUUUAAAACCAGUGGAAGAAGCAGAAGGUUUAUAUAUGAAAAUGGACGGUAAUAUGGAGGAUUGGUCACUAUCAGGCGCAAGUCCCAAACAAAUUCCAUCUCCUAUGCAGGAAGAUUGCAUUCAAACAAAUGGUCCACCAGGUAGUACAAGAACAGCUCCGGUUGAUUUACCUCAACCUAGACGACCUCCUGAAGGAUACGUAGAAAUGUCUUUUAAGGCUAGACCAAAUUUAGAACAAGAUUAUAUUAAUCUAAAUACGGGCAUGAUUGGACGGAACAACCGAAGAGUACGGGUCAAUAGCCGCAAAGAAAAAUCACGUUCUCAGCCAAUCGCCAUUCAAGCUGGAAGUAAACCAUCCAAAACUCCCAGUUUUUUACCUCUUAAUGGCAGCCCAACAUCGGAAAGUUUAGCGAGUACACCAGCUUCUCCUCCACGCGCUACGCCUACUGGCUCAUCAGCUACUAUUUUUCCCUUCUCUUUGAAUAGUCCUCAAUCUCCUAUAAAACCGUUUACGCAAAAAUCUGAUGACUCUUCAAGGAUGGAUACGAAUUCGAAGAAUAAUGAUUAUGAUAUGACGAUUGAUAAUACGACGAAAAAAGUUAACACCGUUAAUCCUAUUUCGAUAGCGGAUACAAAUAAUUCAUUAUCGAAAAUGGUUAACGACGAACCACCUAGUCCUAGCACAGAUUCAACACGGGUUAUAUCAAAUUCGUUAUCAUCACAAGAAUGCACAUUGAGCUCGUUAACAAAGAAAUUUGCCGAUCUUACGGUAUCGAAGCCACGAUUAGUUACUGCGUCACCUAAUACUAGUCCGACGUUAUCAGGUUUUAAAACUGCUGUGUUGCAACAAAAAUCAUCAUCGCCAAAAUUCAUUGACGAAACGCCGAUACAAACGCCCACGUCCACUCCAACUCCUACGCCUAGUCCUCUGGAUAACGAGGGUUACGAAAAACUCCAACCUGGUGCAACUGUUUUGCAUUACGCUAGCUUGGAUCUACCAGAACUUGCUAACGUGGCACCUGUAUCGCCCGCAUCUGUUCAGGAAGGUUUCAGUUAUGCUGAGAUUGAUUUUACAAAACUGAAACAAAAUUAAUGCAACUUUCAUGACCAGAAGCGUGCCGUUGUAUUUUACAAUAUUUACAUCAGAGUUCUGCGUGUUCGCAAUUUUAAUAGUAAGCAGACAGUAUCUUUGACGGUUCUACAUCCUAUAUUAGUUCGAUGAAAGUAACUGAAUUUGUGUAAGGUUCCGGGUACCAGCUGUAUAUAAUUUAUUUCUUUUAUCCCAGCCUGAGAUGUAAUCGUUUAUCAGCUUUCGUAAAGCAUCUAGGAUUUCUAUUUUUUCUCUUUUUUUUUGUUUUUUUUUGUUUUUUUUUGUUUUUUUUUGUUUUUUUUUUGUUUUUUUUUUGUUUUUUUUUUUUUUUUUUUUUUUUUGUUUUUUUUUUUGUUUUAAAUUACUCGCGCUUAUAAUUCUGGUAAAACAUUUGGACGUCGUUAUUGUAUGAGAUGUUUAUUCGUAUUACUUUUAUGCAGACAAAUAUAUUGCAUGUACAAUAAUGCAUAUGUUACGUAAUAUGCAUUUUUGUGAGAAAAAGGUAAAUCUUGGAUCUGAUGUGCACAUGACUGUGCGAAAUAAAGAAAAACUUAGGCAGUUAUAGUUUAAAUAAUGUAUAUAGAAUUUAUUUACAGCAUUAUGACAUUCCAAGAUAGAUACUUUCUCAAAUUAAAAUCUUUUAAUUCAAGUUAACAAUCCACAUGCAAUUUAACGUGAAAUAUCUUUUAUACAUUUGGCUUUGGAAGUUGUAUUACAUAGCAUAAUAAUUUUACAACUUUUAGAUCUUUUGUGAAUAUAUUUUAUGUUGGAAGAGUGUUGCAUGUCAUCAGUGUAAUUUUUUGUAAUUAUUAAAAAAAAAAAAAAAAGAAAAA